CCCCCCCUCCCACAGGUUAAAAGCCUUUUUUCUCCCUCUUUCCCCUCUCUUUCUUACCACACGUUGCAUAAACUCAGUCCUUCGUUUUAUUCUCCUGGUACAUUCGAACUUGUUUGAAGUCUUUCAUUAAUAUAUCCAUUUUCACCAAACAUAUCGAUAAUCAUGAGGCCCACUUCGAUCAUACUGCUCGGGGCUUCCGUUGCCGUUGCGGCUGCAUCCGGCGAAUCCCAGCCCAAAGUCAAACUCAUUAACCGUCGAGAUGCGGUCCCGAUCCCGGACGUAUUCAUGAAUGCAAUACAAGCUGUGCCAGCCCUUCGAAAGAGAGAAUUGGGGCCACCAACCUACUAUGCUAGCGCACCCGAAGGAGUUAGGAAGAGGAGUUCGUUAGAGUCUAGGCAAUGGGGGUGUGAGACUGUAGGACAGAUCAACUGUGUUUUCGAGGGGUGCUGUAAUGUCGGCACUAUUUGUGGAGUUUACGGCGGACAGACUGGGUGUUGUCCUAUCGGGAAGACAUGCACGGGCGUUGGCAGCUGCAAGACUGGCGAGACUAUAUGCGGGUCUGGAUGCUGCCCUUCGAAUGCUAGCUGCACUUCCAACGCCGAUGGAAGUGCUGCCUGCGAUUACGGCACCGGAUCAUCAAGUACCAGAACUUUAAUGAGACCAACUGCAACGUCCGCCCGUUUAUCAUCCACCUCGACUUCAACCUCCUUACCCGGCAGUGGCAGCGAGUGCCCUGCCGGCUACUCCCCCUGCGCCGACACCGAUACUUGCUGCCCCGCAGGCGUUAAGUGCUUGCCAAACAAGAAGUGUGACUCCAAGUGCUCCGUCUCAGACAUCAAAUGUGGGACUGGAUGCUGCAAGGGCGGAUUUACCUGUGACACCGCCACCUUUAUCUGUCAGGGGAAUGGUAGUGACAGUUCCGAUGACUCGGGCGACAGCGGCAGUGGCACCAGCAGCGGUGGCACCCGCAGCACCGUCUCGUUCACGAGAUUUACUGCCACCGCCAAUAGCGGUAGUUCAUCUGGUACCACUAGCAGAUCAAGCGUUCCGACAGGCAUCACAGCUAGCGAUGGAGGCGCCAACUCCGGUCCCAGGCUCAUUGCUGGAAUGGGAAUGGCUGGAAUAAUUGCCGGAGUAGUGGCUAUUGUCGGAGUUGCACUUCUCUAGGGGAGUGCAAUAAUAAUCUACGGUACUUGUCACACCGGGAGCGCUUUCUCCCACCUUAGGAUCGAGUUUAUUUUGCGCUUUUUUUUGGAGUCAUCGAGGGAUCAGUUUCUGUCCGAUCGACAUCACUAAUUAUUCGUUCUUUUUAUGCAUAUAUAUAUAUGUAUAUAUAUAUAUAUACCACAUUCAAUGUUUUUAUGGGCUUGAUAGGAUGAUGGGAGAGAUGAUGAAAUUGGGAAAGGCGAGGAUUCAUACCGAUUUUAAUAAGAAUAUAAAAAACAGGCAACCCCGUUGCUCUUUCUUUGUUCUAAA